AUGACCAAGAAAUUGAAAAUCCUACUCACAAUGACCAAGAAAUUGAAGAUAAUACUUACGAUGAAGAUUUUACCUAUGAUGAAGAUGAUGAGCAAGUGUCUUGUGGUGAACUCAUACCUGAUAAUGAACUCGAAUCUGAUGAUGAAACAGCUAAAUCUACUGAUUCGGCUCCAACUAAUCAGUUAGAUGAAAGCCCCAUAUGGCAACAUUUUGAGAGAAAGCCUGACUAUGUGCUAGACUCUAAUGUUUGCAAAUAUUGUACUCCUAAAAAAAAAUAUAAAUUAACAACUAGCAUAUCAUCUUUAAGAGUGGUUGAUAUAUGA